CAAAAACUGAUUUACAAAUGACAGAAAUAACACCAAAACAUAAUAAUUCUUGCAAGAUUAAUUCUAAUUUCCAAUUCUCUUCAAAUAAAAAACAACUCCUUAAUUCUUCGCAAAACCUCAAUAAUGAUGUAAUAUCCAGUAAAAAGAAGGAAGUUUAUGAUAGAUUGAUGAGUUCCUAAACUAAUAGAGAUAAUCAAACUCAAGUAUCCCAAUACUUUGAUCAUUUAGGAGGCAAAUGUCUAUGUGCAUUAUGUAACUGUGGCAAACACAAAUGUAAUGGCAAAAAUUGUAUACACAAACCCUAAUUACAUGGAAAUUACACUAUCUAUUAGAAGGAAUACCAGAAAAAGACUCCAGAAAAUGGAUCUCGCUAUAAUUAAAACAUAUUCACCCAACCUAAAGCAGAAGGUGAUCUUGAAAAUGUUACAACUUAUAAACAUGAUUAUCCUGGAUACAAUAGUACUGGAGAACUACACAAGAAUUCAUAGAAACCAACAGUAAGUGGAGUCCCUUUCUCUGGGUUGUCAACCUAUAAUAAUAUGUAUUUAAAUUGGGGAAUGGGCGAUACACCUUAAUUACUUCCUUAAAAUAACCCUACAGUUAUUAAAGAAAUGCCAUUCAUGGGAAGAAGUAUUUACAAAGACAGUUACCAAGGAACGUAAGCUCCUCCAGUAUAGAGUUGUAAAAACAUGAAUAAGGCUCUAAAAUCUCCGUUGUCACCACCAGAUUUGAAGUUCUCUGCCGAAUCAAUAGCUAAAUCUUCAUAUAAACCAUUUAGAACAGACAGAGUACCUACAGCAAAGAGCAAUCAAAAUGCAACCUUAAAUCCAUCAUAUAAUGGCUAAUACAAUAGUGAAUAUCGAAAAGAAUUUGAUCCAAAAGGUUUGAAUCAAUGCCCUGCCAAGGAAGUAUUAGAUGAGGUUGCACGCACUACCAAAUUUUGAAAAUACAAUGAUUAUAAUUAAAGAUAUAAAUGUUAAAAGAUUUUGACA